GUGUUUUCUUCUUCUAUGUUUUAUCGGUGUUUUCUUCUUCUAUGUUUUAUCGGUGUUUUCGCUAUGCGCCGAGUCGUGGCCGCCAUCUUGUUUUGUUCUGGCCGCGCGCGAAAGCUGGAAAGUCUUAUUAACUAUUCUUGUUCAAACUGAGCACCUUGGAGAAUGCAUCAGAUGGCUGUAUUUGCUUCGACGAAGGAAACUCUUGGGUCAUCAGCGAAACAGAAGAGUACAACAUGCCACGUCAAACUGUUUUGUGGAUUUUUUCCCUUUUCCACAAAGCCUACAUAAACCACCUAGUUUUUCAACAGCUUGUCUCUAGUUUUACUAGUCAAAAAUAACAAUUAAAACGUUUUUUGCUCAUAAAAGCAAAAAGGAGUAUAAAGAUUUAUUAUUUAAUACUACUUUAAUUCAGGUUUUUACAGCAACAACAAGUAAAAAUGAACCAGUCAAAAUUCUUAGCCGCUGCUAUUGUGCGAACAAUAUGGAUUUGCAAGAUUUGUUGCAAAGCACCCAAAUAUAGUCGUGAUCUCGAACCAUAUUCUGAAUAUCAUAUCAGUCGACUUUUUAGGGGCAAAUUUGGCCCGUGUUUUAUUGGCCUGGCUCUCCUCCGCCGGGGGCUAGAAUGUUUCAAUUCAAUAAGACAAUCCCUUGGCGGAAAAUGCUAAGAAUAAUGAGAAAUGCCCGAAGGUACUUUCUAAAAACGAGGAAGAGGCAGCAUUUUUGAUGGCUAACAACUAUUUCAAGGAGGGAAAACUGAGCAUUAUAAAAAAAAACCCAAAAUGCAUGCUGGUAGAAGGACAUAAAUCUGCUAUCCUGACUGGUAGAUGUCAGCAUUUGAUCAUUUUAUUUUUACAAAUAAAACUUUAGGCGAUUCAGGCCAAUGUUAAAAAAAGAAUAGAGUUGAAUGCAUAAUUAACUUAAAAAUAGUUGCGUAGCCUAGAUUUUGCUGCGUGAUCACUUAUGCACGUUAGCAGGUGCAAGAGUUAAACAUACUCUUGUGGCGUCAUCACAUUUAUUUUGCAUUUUAAAUUCUAUCAACUAUCGUUAAGCCAGAGCAAAAUAUUUGUAAGUCUCAUUUGAUCGUCACAAAAUGAACUUCCUUGAAUUCUCUGUUUGGAUAAGCGUUGGUGCCGUAGUCAUUCUGGUCGCAAUAACAGUAGUUCACGCAUGUAUUAGCCGUCAAAUCAAUAAUUUGCCCAGUAGGUAUAUCUUAGUAACUGGUUGUGACACCGGCUUUGGUAAGAUGAACGCGGUUCGUUUACAAAAGCUUGGGUUCUACGUGUUUGCUACAUGCUUGACUGAAGAGGGUAUGGCAGAGAUGACAGGCAUUUCUAGCGAGCGAAUUAUCCCGUUUCGUUUAGAUGUGACCGACUCGUUUCAGAUUCGACAGGUGUAUACGAGAAUUAGCGAGCUGUUGCCGGAGGAUACAGGUUUAUGGGGGCUUGUCAACAAUGCAGGGAUCUUACAGGUGGGACCGCUCGAUUGGCAGUCACUGGAUAGUAUCAAGCAAACAGCUGAUGUCAACCUCUGGGGUCUGAUUGAUGUGACCAAAACCUUUCUACCCCUCCUUAAAAAGGCCAAAGGGCGUGUUGUCAACAUGGGAAGUUCAUGUGGUAGAAUUACAUUGCCAUACAUGGUUCCGUAUUGCAUCAGCAAGUAUGGGGUGCGCGCCUUCAGCGAUGGGCUGCGCCGGGAGAUGCAUGCAUUCGGGGUGGAAGUGGUCCAUAUCGAGGCUGGUGCUCACAAGACCAAGCUACUCAGUGGGAGUACUCUUUCACAGCAGUGGCGUGAGCUAUGGAAUGGCUUGAACCCACAGCAACAAGCAGAGUAUGGAGAGGAUAAUCUAACAUUAGGUAACUCAAGGGCUGAAGAAAUGCUUCGGUUUGAUACCUUUGCAUCACCGGAGACUUCUGCAGUUACCAAUACUAUUGUCCAAGCUUUGACGUCAAGGACUCCUAAAACAAAUUAUCUUGUAGGCAUGGACGCUAAGGUGUUUCCUUUGGCAAACUUACUGCCAACUAGGUUUGUUGACUGGACAAUAAGGACCAUGAUUCGACCACUAACUCCUGCAGUACAGUCUUAGUCACAUGUUCAGGUCAAGAGCUGAACAUGUUCAGGUCAAGAGUUUUAGACACCUGCAGUACAGUCUUAGUCACAUGUUCAUGUCAAGAGUUUGACACCUGCAGUACAGUCUUAGUCACAUGUUCAGGUCAAGAGUUUGACACCUGCAGUACAGUCUUGGUCACAUGUUCAGGUCAAGAGUUUUUGACUCCUGCAGUACAGUCUUAGUCACAUGUUCAGGUCAAGAGUUUUAGACUCCUGCAGUACAGUUUUAGUCACAUGUUCAGGUCAAGAGUUUUAGACUCCUGCAGUACAGUCUUAGUCACAUGUUCAGGUCAAGAGUUUGACACCUGCAGUACAGUCUUGGUCACAUGUUCAGGUCAAGAGUUUUAGACUCCUGCAGUACAGUCUUAGUCACAUGUUCAGGUCAAGAGUUUUAGACUCCUGCAGUACAGUCUUAGUCACAUGUUCAGGUCAAGAGUUUUAGACUCCUGCAGUACAGUUUUAGUCACAUGUUCAGGUCAAGAGUUUGACACCUGCAGUACAGUCUUAGUCACAUGUUCAGGUCAAGAGUUUUAGACUCCUGCAGUACAGUCUUAGUCACAUGUUCAGGUCAAGAGUUUGACACCUGCAGUACAGUCUUAGUCACAUGUUCAGGUCAAGAGUUUGACUCCUGCAGUACAGUCUUAGUCACAUGUUCAGGUCAAGAGUUUUAACUCCUGCAGUACAGUCUUAGUCACAUGUUUAGGUCAAGAGUUUGACUCCUGCAGUACAGUCUUAGUCACAUGUUCAGGUCAAGAGUUUUUUACACCUGCAGUACAGUCUUAGUCACAUGUUCAGGUCAAGAGUUUUUGACUCCUGCAGUACAGUCUUAGUCACAUGUUCAGGUCAAGAGUUUUAGACUCCUGAAGUACAGUCUUAGUCACAUGUUCAGGUCAAGAGUUUUAGACUCCUGCAGUACAGUCUUAGUCACAUGUUCAGGUCAAGAGUUUUAGACUCCUGCAGUACAGUCUUAGUCACAUGUUCAGGUCAAGAGUUUUAGACUCCUGAAGUACAGUCUUGGUCACAUGUUCAGGUCAAGAGUUUUAGACUCCUGCAGUACAGUCUUAGUCACAUGUUCAGGUCAAGAGUUUUAGACUCCUGCAGUACAGUCUUAGUCACAUGUUCAGGUCAAGAGUUUUUGACUCCUGCAGUACAGUCUUAGUCACAUGUUCAGGUCAAGAGUUUUAGACUCCUGCAGUACAGUCUUAGUCACAUGUUCAGGUCAAGAGUUUUAGACUAAUGCAGUACAGUCUUGGUCACAUGUUCAGGUCAAGAGUUUUAGACUAAUGCAGUACAGUCUUGGUCACAUGUUCAGGUCAAGAGUUUUUGACUCCUGCAGUAAAGUCUUAGUCACAUGUUCAGGUCAAGAGUUUUAGACUCCUGCAGUACAGUCUUAGUCACAUGUUCAGGUCAAGAGUUUUUGACUCCUGCAGUACAGUCUUAGUCACAUGUUCAGGUCAAGAGUUUUAGACUCCUGCAGUACAGUCUUAGUCACAUGUUCAGGUCAAGAGUUUGACACCUGCAGUACAGUCUUAGUCACAUGUUCAGGUCAAGAGUUUUAGACUCCUGCAGUACAGUCCUAGUCACAUGUUCAGGUCAAGAGUUUGACACGUGCAGUACAGUCUUAGUCACAUGUUCAGGUCAAGAGUUUUAGACCAUGUGGUCAUGGAAGUUGACUUAGGCAGUGUUCUUUUUAGAGACCCCUUGCUUGUUUAUUAAUAUAUAUUUUUAGAGUUUUAUUUAUUAUUCAGAGCUUUGUUAUUUUUAAGAAUUAUAUUUCAUAUCAGGUUUUAUAAAAGCUCUCUAAAAGGCCAAAUAAUCAAGUUUAAUUUUCCAUAGAGCUUAUAGACCGUCCAUGGAGAUUGGCGUUACAAAGACUGUAAGACGUAUAUUUAUAUACUGGAGCUGAAUUAUCUAGCUAUCGCAUUUACUGAAUAAAGAACUAGCCGUUUGA